AUGGACAUGGACACCAAUCACACACUACCACCACCCUACGUCGUGUUAAGCAAACCAACACAAUACAGAGCUGAGCCACGAACCAGGAAGACAGUUGAACUUGUCAAACAUGAUUCUCCAGUGUAUGUGCUUGUCAGUACCGAUCACGAACCAGCCGAUGAACGAUACAGAGUGAUCAUGCACAGGAAGAUUGAAAUGAAGAACAGACAGAACAGAACAAUCAAUCCCCAGCCUUUGGAUGCAGAGGUCAUUGACGUUGAUGCACCAGAAGAAGCCGAGUUGGUCCCACUACUGCCACCUCCACAGCCACGUGAAUUCACAAUCAAUGUCAAGAUCAACAAAGGCUUUGACAGACGAUUCUAUUGUGAAUCAAUGUACGAGUCUAUCUGUGUCGACUUUUAA